AUCAAUGCCCGUGAGGGUGGAUGAAGUUGUAGCAGACGCUUACCUGGAGAACUGCAAUCAGCACAGACGUCCGUAUUGCGGACUCGUUUGGACAUGGUGGUGCUGCGCUCAGGACGACGGCUUUGUGAUCAAUGUAAGGAGUGGGUCGCUCCCUCUGCCUUGCUAGUCAUUGAUAUCCUUGUGAAGAAGAGGGAUACCUUCCGCGUUAGCCGCCGUUAGCUAAUUGCGUGUAGUCUGUGAACGACCUACUUCUCAAGCUGAUGAUAACCUUGUAUUCAACCGCUCAGGUUUCCGUCUAUACAGUGAUGGUCGGCGGUAUCGCGGUUCACACGUCUCUAUUGUGCAAGCGCCAAAUUGGCUAAUUUAGCCGCAAGGGUCAACCUUCUCAUGGUAGUUAGUUUCCUAGGCUCGUUCCGGCACCACCGCACCGCGGAGACAUAGCAUUGGCUACUACUACCAGGCUGGCAGCAGCUGUGACUUGUGUCAUAAGCCCGCUCCACGCAGCCGUGCUGGGGGUAGCUCGUCGGAUCGAGCGCUUGGGACGGUUAUAGCUGACGUUAUGUUUUUAUAAUGGCUCCGAUUAUUCUAACGAUGUGGUGUUUUAUUUUGUACAUUCGUGAUGGAUCAGUCGCUCUUGAUGCAUCAGACCGAAAAACAGAACCCAAUUGUGAAUUGUUUGGGUUAUUGGGUUGUUUUACCAAAAUACGGUUGGUCAACCACUCCUCUGGUCUAGCCACUAGCCAGUAUUGUAUACUGCAUAUUUAAUGUAUGUCGUCCCGUUAUAUGAUCGAGACUUCUUCCGUGUGGAUCUACGUCGCAGAGAAUGCGUGAAACGUACAAUUGAAACGUAGUACAGGAAAUAUUAUUGCUGCGAUAUUUGCUGCUUGCAAAGUGGAAUGUACCACGUUAUGUGACGUUGUGUAUGGACACAUCAUAUACAUUUUAAUUUAUCACAUCGUUGUUGUAUGACAUCCUCAAAGGGCUCAUAUAUCAUUCGUUUGUUGUCUGUAUUAAAUUGAUAUAUUGAUACGGUUGGUUUAUAUCCGAUGUUAUCAGGACAAAAGUUAAGUGCUCGGAUGGUGCACCCCCGUUUGUUGCUGAAUGGUUGGUUCUACUUUUGGACCUUACUAUUCGCUGCCCUACAUGGAAAGAAUAGUAUUCAUAAAAUGUAGUUAAAAUGUAUAACAAGAUAUUGAAUUCCCCUUUUUUAUUGCCUCAUCUUUUAAAAAUAGUAAACUGAUAAGUAGCCAUGAAAAGGUGUUUUGAUUAACUGACAGUUCUCCUCGCGUAUAAUUAAAAACCCCCCUACUGUAAUAAACCAGUCUUGACACUUCCUUGUUCAAAAGUUUUAUUUAGAGGAAGCCCUGGAGUAAAGUUGGUCACCGAACCGGUUAGCAUACGUCGAUGUCAAUGUUGUGGACCACCCAGCCUUCCUUUGAGUUUUACUUUUGAGAAUAAGCCCAGUGUGAGGCAGUCUCUCAGAUGGACCUGGCUGUGAGCCGGCUCGUACUCUCAGACGCAUAAAGGAGGAGGAUGACAGCCGCUAACGUUAGCGAAGAGAUAAGGGAGAAGUUCCCCUUGCAUUCUUCGGUCUGGGAGAACGACUACAGGAGUUUGGAGAGAGAUUUAGCACAGAAUGACGUGGAGACUGUGGAUCCGCGGGGCCGGACGCCGCUUCACCUCGCCGUGUCCCUCGGUCACCUGGAGUCCGUGCGGGUUCUCCUCCGCCACGGUGCUCAAGUGACCAAAGAGAAUGCUAAUAAUUGGACAGCCCUACAGGAGGCAGUCAGCACGGGCGACCCAGAGAUGGUUCAAUUGGUCCUCCAGCGUAGAGACUACCUCAAGGCCUCCACUGCCCUGGGAGGGGUGCCCGAGCUGCUGGCCAAGAUCAGAGAGUCGCCUGAUUUCUAUAUGGAAAUGAAGUGGGAGUUCACCAGUUGGAUCCCGCUGGUGUCACGAGUCUGUCCGAGUGACGUGUGUCGCAUCUGGAAGAGCGGGGCCAGCCUGCGGGUGGACGCCACCCUCUUGGGCUUCGAGAACAUGACCUGGAUCAGAGGGCGUCGCAGCUACAUAUUCAGAGGAGAGGAUGCAUGUGCAGAAUUGAUGGAGGUGAAUCACGACGAUGAAGUGGUGGACACGGAGCGCUUCAACAUCUCCCAGGAGAUAGAGGAGGUCACGCUGGAUUCCAUGCAGCCCGCCCAACAGGAGGUGGCCAAGCGUCUGACCACGUCUAUCGUGAACACCUACUUGGAUACCAAGGACAUCGCCUUCGAAAGAAAUAAGGCUGGGAUUUGGGGAUGGAGAACUGACAAAACGGAAAUGGUCAACGGAUUUGAAUCAAAGGUUUUCAGUGUCAACAACGUGAAUGUGAUCAUCCGCACGCGCACAGAACACCUCACCGACGAGGAGAAGACCAGGAUAAAAAGUGAGAGGAACGUGCUGGAGUCACUCCUAGGGACGGUGGAGCAGCACAUUAGUGCCCAGGGGGAUCUGACUCUGGAGUAUGCCACGGCCACCAACCCUACCGCUAUUACUCCAGAGGAAUACUUUGAUCCAGACUUUGACCUGGAAGACCGAGACAUCGGCCGGCCUAUUGAGCUGAGCAUCCGGACGCAGAAGUUCAAGGGCACCUUGUGGAUGAGCGAGGAGCACCCGCUCUCCCUGGUGGAGCAGGUGACCCCGAUCAUAGACCUGAUGGCGCGCACCAGCUCCCACUUUGCCCGCCUGCGGGACUUCGUCACCCUCAACUUCCCCCCGGGCUUUCCUGUGAAGAUAGAGAUUCCCCUGUUCCACGUGCUGAACGCCAGGAUUACCUUUGGCAGCGUCAACAAGUGUGGCACAGAGGAGCAAGUGAGCACUCCCGACGUCGUCUCGCCCACGCCCUCCUCCGAGGGCGAGGGGGCUGCAGCCCCGCCCCUCUUCCAGGUGUGCCCGUCCGUGUUCGAGGUGCCUGGCCACUACCGGCACCGCGGAGGCAGCAGGCACACCCCCGCGUCCAACCAGGACGAGGCGCUCCUCCAGUACGCCAUCCACCAGAGCCUCCUGGAGACCAGAGGGACGCCUGGCCAGGAUGUGGCCUGGGAUGAUUCUAAUGGAGACUCCGCUGACACCAUGCUCAGCAGCCAAAGUGACAGGAGUCUCCCAGAGGGGGCGCUGACGGACUACGGGGACACGUCCAGCCCGGCCAGCUCGGGCUCCAGCCCUGAGGCGGAGCUGCGGCUGGCCAUGGAGCUGUCUGCCAGGGCCCUGGAGGAGGAGGAGACCAGGAAGAAGCAGGAGGAGGAGGAGCUGCAUAGGACACUGGAGCUGUCGCUCAUCGAGAAGUGAAUCCUAACUCGAAUGCCCGCCCACCCUCUCUUCCCCGCCAUAACCAUGGAUACUUUCCGGAGCAAGCAACCGCCACACCUCAGCCUAUAGCUUCCCAAGCCGCUACUAAGAUCAUCUAUGCAAACUAAAUUCUCUGUUUUAAACCAAACAGGUGCUUAAUGCACAGGCAGCGACAACCCCCCCCCCCCCCCCCCCCCAUAUCUCCGAGAGCUAUUUUUGGUAAGAACACGCUCCUUUAUAUAUAUAUAUUUAUAUCUUCCAUCUGAUAGAUACUUCCUUAGACACAGGCGUGAUUCGGGUAGCCCUAUGAGAUGAUUUUGUAUGGGUUUUUAUUUGUUUUGCUUCAUGAAGCAAACUCGUCGUUGGCCGAGUCUUGGGUCACAGCCAGGUCUUAAUAUGAAGGGUUUACCAUCCAGGGGUGAAUGUAUCCAUACACCAUCAGUUGCACAAAGGCCAAGGUGUUACCAAGUCCUGGUUAUCUCAGGGUUUCAUUCUCCCAACAUCCACGUCCGUUUGGUACCUGUAAAGGGAAUGGGGGGAGUGCAGACGCAGCACGGGUCACAGUUGGGAUGUGGUUCUGUGUGUUUGGGGGUUUCUUCAGAGCAGGGGCUAUACUGAUGAAUGAUCAUUAGGAGCUUUUGGGAUUGGGGACAGCAUGUUGCAUGGCCAUAACCCUGUACACUCUGACUGAGGUUAGCAGCGGGGGUAAUUGUUGAAUAUUGGUAUUGUAGUAGGAGAGAGGCUGCCUGUCUUUUCAUUCCCCCCCUUCUAAUUGGUUUAAGCAGUGGUUCCCCACCUUUUCGUGCCGUGUCAUUUCCAGCUCUGAAAAUGUUUGCAACCCAAACUUUAGCUUUUGUGUAUCAGCCUCCACAUCAAUUGGUUACUGCGAUGUUAAUGCAUCACAUCGCUCUAUUACACAGUACACACAGUGUACUGUAGUUGUUUCCUCAUUGCUACGAAGCAUUAUUGCGUUCAUAUAUGCAGGGGUCUGUGGAAAAAAAGAAAAUCAUCAAACAUCUUUAGCUUAUGCAUAAAUCUCCUGCUACACCAUAUGCAUAUCAGGGGACCAAAGUUGGGUCGCGACCCCAAGGUUGGGAACCACUGGCUUAAGGUCUUGACAAUAGGAGAUGGAAACGAAUAAGUCUUUGCUCUGGUUAGGCUAAAUUCAAUGAGCAGCUUAAUAGACUACAUGACCUUUAACUAGUCUACCGAUAAUGGUGCCACUAAUAAAGUUGAGGGAUGUGGCACUGACAGUUGUGUUCUCAAGGCCACUGAAAUUAAAACUUUUUUCAAACUACCGUAGUGUUACAAGAUGACUCCCCGGUAGCCAUGUGUCAGAAAGUUAACACGACCCUAACGGUUAACCGAGUGAUGCUGGAAACGUUAACCACUUAACAAAGGACUCUACAAGAGUACGCAUUGUGUUUGUCUUUGGGGAAGGCGGUGUGUAAAAAGGUCACCCUAAUAACUAUUUUUGCCAAACGUGUCUAAUUUGGUGGGGUUUUUUUAAUGCUCAAAGUAACUGCUGCAACUUUUUCUUUUUCAGUUUUUUUUACGUUUAAAAAAAUUCAUUGUCCUGUUUUAUUGUUAUUUUUAUUAAAUGAAAGCACUUUAUUCACACGUGGAUUCAUGUCUAUUCGCCUAUAGGUUAUUUACUUGACAAAAAAAGAUUACAUCAAAUAUAUUUGACAUUAUAAGAUCGUACAAAUGUAAUGCCUGUGGACUGGACUGAACAUCUUCUGUGGUGUUCAAACCAACUCAAAAUAACAUUCACAUGAACAUCCAUCUGCAGGGAACGGAUUUAAUCUUUGCGACUAAAUAUAGGAACUUCCCAGGCAUUUAAAUGAGAUCAUAUUUUGGCCCAGUAUGCAUCAAAUGUAAUUAGAAUACGACCUGUUUCAUGUAACUCAAUUCAAAAUAGAAAGAUGGACCGGGCUUUGUCGAUCUAUUGUACAAAACUACAUUUAGAAUAGAAUCGCCUAGUUUAUUUGAUAAGAAAUUCUUCAGAAAUCCGCAAUUGCGCACCCAUUCAGGUUUGUCUCAACAUUAAAUAUUUCCGUCUCUUAAGGGAUCUUUUGUUUUGAUUCAAGGUGUUGGAUUGGUGGAUGCACCACGUUAAUUCAGACUUAAUGUGUAAACCUUCUAAUUGAGAUAUAGGUACUUGCUAAUAAUCCAUUAUUUUGUAUUUAUUUUCAUGUAAACCAGAUGAAAACCAUCUAUGCUGGCUUAAAUAAAGCUUACUGAAUGGAACCAACCAAUCAAACAAACAAAUUUAUAUAAUAUCACAAAAUAUUAGGCCUGCGACUAAAAGUUGAUGAACAGCUAACCACUGUAAAAGUUUUGGUUUCAAAUUGUUUGAGUUGAUGCACAAAAGAGUCCUGGUUAUGGUGCUUGACUUCCAGCCAAAGGCUUUACUUUAAUCUCCAGUAUUGACAGCAUACACAACCCUACUUCUCAUUAGAGAUGUAACUGAAUUCACUGUAGAUUCCAUUUAAAAAGUAAACGGGUGGUUUUCACAUGCUGUUAAAUAAAGAAAUGAUAUGGAUGAAAGGCAACAAGUCAACAACCAGCUUUACAAACAAAUUUCUUUCACAAACGGUUUAUUAAGAAUAAUAUACUUUAUAGUGUCUUAGAUCAGGUGAAAGUGAGAAUUGGUGUAAUGGAUGUAAAGAAUGAAAAGCUUGCCAGGCUAUUGGCUCGUGCCUGUAUGCGGAGGCACUCUGGGCUCCUGCGCCUGUGGGUAGAGGAUCUCUGGGCUCGUACAGGCGCUCUUUGCUCGUACACCUGUAGGUAGAGGCGCUCUGGGCUCGUGCGCCUGUAGGUA